CAUAACCAUAAAACCAUGGCUACCCAAUUCUUGCUGUUUCUUCUCAUGAUCUCUUGCUAUGCCUUAACCAUAGUGAAAGCAGAUGACACGGGUUUUGUGGGUUCAGUAGACCCUUCAGUGUUGGAAAAGAAACAAACUAUGAGCCAUUUUAGGUUUUACUUUCAUGAAAUCUUCAAUGGAACCAAUGCCACCUCAGUUACCGUUGUUGAUGCUUUACCCAAAUACAACACAACCACUUUCUUAGGUAUGGUGGGCGUCAUGGACAACAUUCUCACGUUGGGACCCGACCGUAAUUCGAAGGCUGUGGGAAGAGUUCAGGGGUUGUAUGCUGCAACUUCACAAACGGAGGUUGCUCUUGUUCCCGUUUUGAACUUCAUUUUAUCCCAAGGAAAAUAUAACGGUAGCUACAUCACCGUGUUGGGGUGGAACCUCAUCAACCUCAAGGUGAGAGAGAUGCCUGUGAUUGGUGGUAGUGGGGCUUUUAGGUUUGCUAGGGGAUAUGUGGAAGUUAAUACUAUCUUUCUUGAUAUCCAAACAAGGUCUACAAUUGAGUACAACAUUUAUGUUUCCCAUUAUUGA